AUGAAGUUCUUCGCCACUGCCCUCCUUUUCGUUGCUACCGCCAUGGCCCUGCCCGGCGCCGACCCUGCUUUCGAGUCUGAGAACGAGGUCCGCAACGCAAUCAACCAGUGUGGCAACGGUGCCCACAUGUCUUGCUGCAACAAGAUCAACAAGAGCGAGGGUGUCACCCAGAACAACGUUGGUGUUCUUUCCAACGUCCUCGGUGCCAUUGGCAGCGAGGGUCUCGGCCUCGGCCAGGGCUGCACUCAGCUCAACAUCCCCGUCGCUGUCCUCGGCGCCGCCGGCUUGUCCGACUUCCUCAAGAAGAACUGCCAGCAGAACAUUGCCUGCUGCCAGAACUCCAACUCCCAGGCUACUGGAAACCUCGUUGGCGUUGCUGCCCCCUGUGUCAGCUUCGGCAGCUUGCUGUAA